CAGACUGACUAAAAAAAACAAACCCUAAAAUGUCUGUCUUCAAGCGGAGUCUCCUCUUUUAUAGGGCAUCUAUGCAAAUAAGGACAUUUCUUUUUCGCUUUUCCUGGGGACUUUCUCUCGCCGAUACCACUCGCUAUGUCUGGACGCGGAAAGCAGGGCGGCAAGGCUCGCGCCAAGGCCAAGACGCGCUCGUCGCGGGCCGGGCUGCAGUUCCCGGUGGGCCGCGUGCACCGCCUGCUCCGCAAAGGCAACUACUCGGAGCGGGUCGGGGCCGGCGCGCCGGUGUACCUGGCGGCCGUGCUGGAGUACCUGACGGCCGAGAUCCUGGAGCUGGCGGGCAACGCGGCCCGCGACAACAAGAAGACGCGCAUCAUCCCGCGCCACCUGCAGCUGGCCAUCCGCAACGACGAGGAGCUCAACAAGCUGCUGGGCCGCGUGACCAUCGCGCAGGGCGGCGUCCUGCCCAACAUCCAGGCCGUGCUGCUGCCCAAGAAGACCGAGAGCCACCACAAGGCCAAGGGCAAGUGAAACG